AUGUCAUACUUAUUUCCUAACCAGCAUGUUCUCCACCAGUCCUUCGGCCCGCCGCUGAACACCAAGGCGCGGACUACUCCGGCUACCAAGGCCACUCCGUACCAGGCCCGCCCGGAGCUCUAUGCAGCGUACUCCGUCGUUGACGACGCGAAGAACAAGACGAAGCAGCUCAGCGCCGAAGCUCAAAAAGAGCUUGACAAAGCUAGCAAUGCUGUCAAGAGCGACAACAAAAAGCUAGAGCUCUACAGCCCUACUUUCUACGCCGCAGCUACAUUUGGUGGUCUUCUCGCCUGUGGCCUGACUCAUACCGCCGUCACUCCCCUAGAUCUCGUCAAGUGCCGUCGGCAAGUCGAUGCAAAGCUGUACAAGGGAAACUUCCAAGCAUGGGGCAUAAUUCUGCGACAAGAGGGCAUCCCGGGUAUCUUCACUGGCUGGAGCCCGACGCUGUUCGGAUACUCGGCGCAGGGGGCGUUCAAGUACGGCUGGUAUGAGUACUUCAAAAAGACGUAUUCUGAUCUCGCGGGCCCCGAGAAUGCGUACAAAUACAAGACGCUGCUAUACCUCUCCGCUUCUGCCUCCGCUGAGUUCCUUGCUGAUCUCGCCCUAUGUCCGUUCGAAGCCGUCAAAGUCCGUAUGCAGACGACAAUACCGCCACCAUACAAAGGUACGUUUGACGGUAUUAGCAAGAUCACAGCGGCCGAGGGCAUUGGUGGACUAUACAAGGGUCUAUACCCGCUCUGGGGUCGUCAAAUCCCCUACACCAUGAUGAAGUUCGCUUCUUUCGAGACUAUUGUCGAGAAGAUCUACGAACGCCUUCCGGGUAAGAAGAGCGACUAUGGCACGGGUGCCCAGACAGCCGUCUCCUUCACUGGUGGAUACUUGGCUGGUAUCCUCUGCGCCAUCGUCUCUCACCCUGCCGACGUGCUGGUCAGCAAGCUCAACGCGAACCGCAAAGCUGGUGAAGCCUUCGGUGCCGCCGUGGCCCGAAACUACAAGGACACCGGGUUUAUGGGACUGUGGAACGGUUUACCAGUCCGAAUUGUCAUGAUCGGUACUCUUACUGGUCUCCAGUGGAUGAUUUAUGACUACUUCAAGAUGUUCAUGGGUUUCCCGACAACAGGUGGUGCCGCGCCGCCGGAGGAGAAGUAA